AUGCUGGCAGACCCUAAAGUCUGCGUGGGAGCUGCAGGGGUACCCAAUGCUAAUCCUCCUAAACCCGCUAGCGAGCAGAAUAGUACUAGAAAAGCACAAGUGGUGAAAAUUUUGGGCGAAGGUGCAUUCGGUGAAGUAAAGUUGGUAGUAGAUCCUCGAAACCCCAUGUGCUGUGUAGCUUUGAAGUGUAUAGAUCUAAGGAAAUUCCAAAACAAUAGCGAAGCCCUGAAUCAGUUUAAGAAAGAGGCGUAUCUGCAGCGAUUACUAUCAACAAAAGAGUGUGACAACAUGAUUCGCUACAUAGGAAUGCGAGUAGAGACAGAAGGUGGAUUAAAUGAGCUU